AAAUUAAACUUGAGGCCACGCUGAAACAAGAACUUUUUCGCGUGUGUUUGGGAGGGAAGCAGACCGGAUUUUUACACAUUGCUAAAUAUUUCUUGCACUUAUUACACGCUUAGUACAAGUCCAAAAAUCAGCAAAAAUGUCUUCUACAGAUAUAAAAAUGGAAUCAAGCAUUGAACUCGAUGGCGCGCCCGCAACCGGCCUCUCACCAAGCACGAACAAUGUGAUAAAGAAACUCGCCGCAAACACUAAUACCAAUGCAGGCGGCGCAGCAACGCCUGCUGGUCCUGGCGAAGCGAGUGCCAAUGCCGAGGACAUGACGUCGAGGGACUAUUAUUUCGACUCGUAUGCACACUUCGGUAUCCACGAGGAGAUGCUCAAGGAUGAGGUGCGAACGGUAACAUACCGCAAUGCUAUGUACCACAAUAAGCAUCUGUUCCAGGGCAAGACCGUGCUCGAUGUGGGAUGCGGCACUGGCAUUCUGUCCAUGUUUGCUGCCAAGGCGGGAGCUGCCAAAGUGAUUGCGGUGGACUGCUCUAAUAUCAUUGAGUUCGCCCGCCAAGUGAUUAUUGACAAUAAUCUGCAGGAUGUAAUCACAGUUGUCAAGGGUAAAAUUGAGGAGGUUGAGCUGCCACAUGGAAUCGAGAAAGUGGACAUUAUUAUAUCCGAAUGGAUGGGAUACUGUCUGUUCUACGAGUCCAUGCUGGACACCGUGCUCUAUGCACGUGACAAGUGGCUUAAACCCACCGGAAUGAUGUUUCCCGAUCGGGGCACACUUUACAUCACCGCCAUUGAAGAUCGUCAGUACAAGGACGAGAAGAUCAACUGGUGGGAUGACGUGUAUGGCUUCGAUAUGAGCUGUAUUCGUAAAGUGGCUGUGACUGAACCGCUCGUUGAUGUUGUGGAUCCCAAACAAGUGGUAUCCACAGCCUGCAUGGUAAAGGAGGUGGAUCUGUAUACAGUACAAAAGGCAGAUCUCAACUUUUCGUCCACAUUUAAUCUGACCAUUAAGCGUAAUGAUUUUGUGCAAGCUUUGGUCACUUAUUUCAACAUUGAGUUUACCAAGUGCCACAAACGUCUGGGGUUCAGCACAUCGCCUGAUUCCACAUACACACAUUGGAAGCAGACGGUAUUCUAUUUAGAUGAUCACGUGACUGCCAAGAAAAACGAAGAGAUCAGUGGCACGUUUCAAAUGAAGCCAAAUGAGCGCAACAACCGUGAUUUGGACUUUGUCAUCGACAUCAAUUUCAAGGGUGAAUUAUCUGAGAUCCAGGAAUCAAAUACAUACCGCAUGCGUUAGGCCUGAUGCCAUUAAUCCAGAAAGUGGCCUUAAUGCUUAAGGCGGCUACUCUUUGCUCUCUUUAGAAAGGGAGCAAUAUACCAUAUAACAAACAAAAAAACAUGAUGACUAGACGUAAGAUGUAAUCCAGUGCGAAAUGUGCAACGAAUUUGUGUUGCGUCUUCUACUAUGUUUAAAGUGUACCUUUUUUAGUAUACAUACAUCAUAUAAAAAAAUAUUUUUACAAAUUGUGCGCCUGUUUAAAACGAUUAUCCAAGCAUUAUUCUAAGCAUAUUGUACAGCGGCACAACAUCCAAGUCUCUCAUACACCACAUAAUAAAAGUGUGCGACAGACACACCAUUUUACUGGA